GUGCUGCAAAGCUUGGCGGUCUGUUGGUUUCAUUAAGCGCGUACAAAAUGGCAUCAAUUCAGGUUCAAAUCAGAACAAAAUCUUCCAUCGAACGACCCAUCACCGUACACUCAGCAUUCAUCUGUCAGUCCUAGAACAAACGCUGCGCGUUGUGAAAAGUUGACCAAACUUGAAAACUCGACGUGAUUACCGUGCAGGUACGUGGAUCCGCCGAGGCAUCAAUCACUCCGAUGAACACGUCUAAUGAUCACCGAGCUGUCCCAUCGGCGACUCGUCGUCAAUUAGAAUCGAAGUCAUGUCGAAUUCCAUUGUCUCCAGCAACGCUCUUGCCAGGUUCUACAAUAAUUCAGCCAGUGACACCGAACGCCACACGGCUGCGUUCUGGCAGGCAGUCUUCACCGUGCACUUCCCGGCGCCAAAAUACUUGCUCAUCAUGGCGGCAUCGCCGGAUAACUCCGUAAGAAAGACGGACAGGGUGCUCCAAUAUACUCCGGAAGACCUCGACGAGCCAAACAUCGUCCUGCUCUGGCUGCAAGUCGGGAACGCGCUUGGGUCUGUGAGGGAUGUCGAGGCACAAGUGCUCGACGCGGCGGAGAGACACCUGGUGGCCGAGGCGACUCUCCCAACUUCAAGAUAGGCGAUCUAUGUCAUGGCCGCAAUUGGCCCAACAUUCAGGCUCUGGAGCGUGGAUGGGGUGGGCCAAGGGCUUGAGCCAUUGCACGGAGAUGCGCGGCGAAACGACAAGGCCCAGUACCUCGAUGCCAAAAGCGACGAGGGAUGCCAAGUUUUCUUCCGGAUGCGCGAUCAGAUUAUCGAAGAAUACAGCCCGGCUUUGCAAUGAUAAGGAUGACCAAAAAAGGUGCCUCGGUGCAAGGCAAAAAGAGAAUUCACAUACAACACCGGGUAUUCG